UAAAUAAAUAAGCACCAAUACCGUGUUUUGACUGUGGGGCAGUUUUGACCGGGCAGAUUCACGGCCCUUUCAUUCUGAAGGUUGUAAUAUUGUUUUAUUUAUUUGUUUACUUCAUUUUGUUUUAUGAUAAGUGCCUGCUUUAGUUAUAUGCAAUAAUGUUUCUGCUUAAUUUAUUACUUAUAAUUCUCCAGUGCCAGACCAUUAACCUGGGGCAUUUUGGACAGGGCAGAUUCACCUGUUUAUUCAGUUCGAAGGUUUUAAAAGUAUUAUUUAUUUAUUUAUUUAUUUAUUUAUUGUGCAAAAAGUGUUUUCUCACGCGAUUCUCUAAACAGCUAAAACACGGUGAUUCCGAAACCUUAAGAAUGUUCCAUGACGGGGCUAUUAAAAUCACGUCUGUGCGCGACUCGUGUGAGUCAGGUGUGAAGUAUCGCGAUAUUUGACCGCUCUCGGACUGUUACCACGGUGAAGCGCGAGCGCGCUCGCGCGCGCGUGAGGGGGGUGAGUAAUACUAAUCAGGGCGCGAGCGCGGUUACAGUUUGCGGAAGUGGAAGAGUUUCGUCGUCGAAGCUUGAGCAACUCGUUUCAGGUCCACAAGCACAGAUGUUCUGCUGUGACCUUGGUGCGACCCCGUGAUGAAGAUCCAUGGCAAAAUCCUGCACCACUACCUGUCCAACGGUGCACCUGAUAAAGAGGGGUACCUGUACAAAAAGGGUGAAGUGAACACGUCUUACCAGAAGCGUUGGUUCUCCCUCAAGGGAAACCUGUUGUUUUAUCGUGAGCGCCGGAGCGAGCGGGACAUCCUGGGCGUGAUCGUGCUGGAGCGUUGCGUCGUGCAGCUCUGCGACUCUGAAGAGCUUUUUGCCUUCUCCGUGUCGUUCUUUGGUGGCGCCGAGGAGGCAGACGGUCUGCGCACGUACAAGUUCUCCGCCGAGGACCAGGCGAGUCAGGAGAGCUGGGUCAAAGCCCUUCACUCAGCCAACCACGGCUACCUCGAGCUCCUCGUACGAGAUCUGAGACAGCAGUACCUAGAGGCAGCAAGAAACACCGGAGUGGACCCGGUGGACAGCAUGUCAGCCAAGGAAAUGAUGCGACAUUUUCAGAAGCCUCACAAGUACCCAAGCUCGAACUCGGUCUUCUACAUGCCGAACGAAAACCAGGUGCUACAAGCCCCGCCCAUCAACAAUAAGCAAGCCGCCAAACGCUCCCCUAAACUUUGGCCCAAGCGACACACAGUAGGCCCUGCCGCGUGCAGUACGGAGUGGGCGGCGGAGCCUCUGCCAGACUUCUGUCAACUGCACGAGUACUUUGGACAGGAAGUGAGGCAACUGGUGGCUGAGUGGCAGAAGAAGAGACUUGAAAAGAUGGCUCCUGCUGAGGGAAAUCUCAUCGAUUUGGGCUAAAAAAAAUAAAGUAAUAAAUUUUUGCACUUGGCCUUUCAACUUCAGAAUGUAUAAAUGUUCAUGUAUUUGUGUGUGAAGUCAGGGUGGGCGUAGUGUGACGAGAUCACCUUAACAUAAUACUUUAUUGUAUAAUACACGGUACUUGUGUAAUAGAGACCAACUCUGUUGUUACAGUAAUAUGUAGCUGAUUGGAUGGUAAAAUAUUUCAAAAUUAUUUUUAAAUCAUUUAUUUUUCUAUUAUUUUUUUAAUAAAAAUAUUUUGUCAUUAUUUUUUAUGUUUUAAUAUAUUAUAUAAUCCUCUUGCUGUAUUUUUUCAUAUUUAAUUACAUUAAUCUUAAAACAUUCUUCUUUUUUUUUUUUUUUUUUUUAAGUCUGAUACACUGGUCCGAAUAUUUUUUUUCACUGAAUGCUCUAAUUUAAUGUAGUUGUUUUCUAUU